AUCGCAUUUUUGCAAGGGUCUACCGUUUUGUGAUUCGAAGGAGCGCUUGUUGUUUCUGCGCAUGCGCGUUGUGAAUUGUAGCGACUUCCUGCCAAAUAGUUGUCCCUAACAACACACGGCGCCCCACCGAGGGAAUUUCAGUUCAAGGAAACAUAAAGUUUCCUCGAAAGUAGCACUUGGUGCGAUGGGCCUUGGCCAAAGCAGAAGCAGCGGCAACUGCAGAGACUGACAACGCGGAUUUAUUAGGGAGGACGGUGAAGACGUCUUUUCAUAGCCAUGGACGAGUCGCAAGAGGUGCCCGAACUACCUACAAAGAAAGCUCGGCAUGAUCCAGAAGUGAGUCAGGAUGGUGAUUCACGUGUGAUUGCUAAUGACAGCAGUGACUCCCCUAACCGGGACAAAUCAACAGCACAGUCUGAAGUCAAUUCAUAUCCACCAUCAUCUGUUGCUCACUUGCACUUAAUGCCUGGGGGUCCAGAACAGUCAAAUCAAGAGACGAUAUCAAGAUCUCAGGGCUGUGUCACAGAAAAUGCAUAUACUCACAAUGCAGUGACAUGCAAAGACCUCACCACAACCACAGCCACUGAAUAUACCUCACAGAUCUACCAAGGAACCAACACGGCUGUCACUGCAUAUGCCAGUCAAGUGGCUUUCCCCUCCCUGGGCCAGUCGACCGUAUACAGCGGCUUUCCUCAGUCCGGCCAGACGUACGGACUGCCACCAUUUGGGUCCAUGUGGCCGGGCAUAAAGACAGAGUCGCGGCUGCCCGAGGCGCCCUCUGUUGGCCAGACGGGGUUUCUCAGCUUCAGCUCAGCCUAUACCUCAACCCAACCCAACCAGAUCCACUACUCCUACCCCAGCCAAGGUUCCUGUUUCACUACAUCCAGUGUGUACACUAAUAUCCCCCCAGGAACUGCUGUGACCACAGCCACUGGCACACAUCAGGAGUUUUCGAAUUAUAACUCUCUUGGCCAGAGUCAGUUCUCCCAGUACUACGCUCCUCCUCCCAGUUACCUGUCCGCUGGGCUGCCCAGCAAUGAUAGAGAUGGAGCAGGUGUAGUGGCACCUGGAUAUCCAGCCAUUAAGACAGAAGGUAGUGCCUCUGCAAACCUGCCCAACACAACAGAUGCAUCCCCAGGUGUGACGCUUCCAACUGGUGUGGCUUUGCCUGCUGGGAUGGCCCUUCCCACAGGAGCACAAGACCAGGAUGAGCCCAACCGCAAAAACCCUCCUAGCAAAGCUAAAGGCAAAGCUAAGAAAUCAGACGGUUCCCAGUCCACAGACAGUGACCUUGAGCGUAUCUUCUUGUGGGAUCUGGAUGAAACCAUUAUCAUUUUCCACUCUCUUCUUACUGGUUCAUUUGCACAGAAGUUUGGAAAGGACCCAGCAACAGUUCUCAAUCUGGGUCUUCAGAUGGAGGAGUUGAUCUUUGAGCUUGCAGACACACAUCUCUUCUUCAAUGAUCUGGAGGAAUGUGAUCAAGUCCAUGUUGAUGAUGUUGCCUCAGACGACAAUGGGCAGGAUUUGAGCAACUACAACUUCUCUAGCGAUGGCUUCAGCGGGCCUAGUGCGGGUGGUGGUCCGGGUUCCACCGCAGCGGUACAGGGAGGAGUAGAGUGGAUGCGUAAGCUGGCUUUCAGAUAUCGCCGUCUCAAAGAGAUCUACAACGGAUUCCAAGGGAAUGUGGGAGGUCUGCUGAGCCCAAUGAAGAGGGACCUACUGCUCAGGCUGCGCUCAGAGAUCGAGACUGUUACAGAUGCCUGGCGGAGCACUGCCCUCAAAUCUCUCUUGCUCAUUCAGUCAAGGGGCAGAUGUAUGAAUAUUCUGGUCACCACCACUCAGCUGGUUCCUGCUUUAGCUAAAGUGCUUCUCUAUGGCCUGGGUGAUGUCUUUCCUAUCGAGAACAUCUACAGCGCCACUAAAAUAGGAAAAGAGAGCUGCUUUGAACGCAUCAUCACUCGCUUUGGGAAGAAAGUGACCUAUGUUGUUAUAGGGGACGGCCGUGAUGAAGAGUUUGCAGCAAAGCAGCACAACAUGCCAUUUUGGCGAAUCUCUUCUCACGGAGACCUGAUUUCCCUUCACCAAGCUCUGGAACUGGACUUCUUAUAGAUGGACUUUCAUUUGCACCCAUCAGCAAUCCCAUCCACUCAUCCUUAUCCAUCGCAUCCGUGGAGCAGAUGAAGUAGAGUCUGGAACAUUAGUGGUCAUAGACAAGAACUCAAGAAGAUCUGUGACACAUGACAUGAUCUCACAAGCCCUCCACUCUCUCAAUGGCAGCUAUCCUCCCCCUAGGUUGAACCUUGCACUGGGACAACACACCACUGUACACACGGAAAGAGGAAAACACUGUCUCCCAUUCUCCCUGCAUCUUUCUCUUGGAAAAAGGAUGUAGCUUUACCAUCUUCAAUGUAACUGGAUUCACCAAAGGAACAACCCAUGACCAAAAGUCUGCACUGGCACAGAAACUUAGGAGUAAACUUAGUUCUGUCUGUUUUUUUGGGGUUUUUUGCAUUCUUUUUAAAGGGCUGAAAAGUAAAUUAACCAUUUUGAUUUGCGCCAAUUCCAAAGGUCAGGAUAUUGGCUCUUAUGAGAUGGCAGGUUACAUGUUUUAGACACGUCCAAGAAAUUAUGCAUUUAUUUCAGUUCUUAAAAUGGGAUGUGGCCUGUUCAAUAUCUAUCUUCAGAUGGUAGCUGCAGGGUUUAGUAUAGAUCACAUUUAAUUUUUAUUGUAUCUAUGAAUUUUCCUAAAUGCUCCUCAGUUCCAGGGGUCUACAUGCAUUUUACCCAUCAUACACACUUCAUUUCUGCUUUAAAUUGGGCAAUAUUACAAAUUAGAGAGUGCCGAAUGAAAACCAUAUUUCUUUCUGUACAUUUUGUCCCUUUUUCUUUAAAGAAUUAAUCACUCAAAAAUGAGAAUUGUCAUCUUUUGCGUUACUUUUGUUUAAAACCUGUGAUUCUUUCUUGAAGCACAAAAUGAGAUACAAUGAGAUUUGAAUGGGAAUCACCAUAAAAGAAGUCAAAAUACAUCUAGUAUGUUAUAUGAUUGAAGUCACAUGAUGAGGAACAUACCUAAAUCCUAUUUUAUUUUAUUAAUGACCUAAGUUAUACACAAACAGCCUUCUCCUUUGCUGUAGCUCUCAAGUCUAAUUCGGGUAUGAGACAGAAAUGGCUCAAAUUUCAGUUGACAUUACUUGCCAUGCCGUAUUUGUAUGAACACAAAUUCAAUUGAGAUUUCAGAGCUAUGACAGAGAGGAGAAUUUAAUGAAUGGCGUCCUAAAUUUGUGGCUGUUUUGAUGAUUUCAGAAGAGUUGUGGAUUGCAGUAGCACCAUCCCUACUCACUUUCAAUGUAUGGAAAAGAGCAGCAUAACAUCUUUUUUGUGUUCCACAGAAGAAAGUCAGGUUGUACUGGCUUAAACAUGAUGGCAAGUAAAUGAUGAGAAUUUUUGGGUGAGCUAUUUCUUUAAAAUCCAUAUAAAGGUGUUGUUUUGAGGGAAUCUUAAGCUGUAAUUAUACGUCCCGUUCGAAAUAUAUCUGUUAAAUGUCUAUAAAUGCAAUUACGAGCCACAUGAACUAACUGCAUCCUUGUCCCCUGAGGCAAGUCAUGUGGUUGAGUGGGAUUUUGUAAUAUUACCUCUUGCAUAAAGCCAAAAUUACCCAUGGAUUUGAAACUACAGGGCCCCAGCCUGUGACCUUUUUCUUUCGUUCUUACGUGUUUGGGAGAAAAACUGUGUGAUAGUGUGCAAUACAUUUCUGAUCAGUGAUAAAUGAUUGUUUCAGUUUUGGUUGAAGGUGGUUUUACGAGCCGGUUGGGUCUAAUAUUCCCGGCCGUUGUGAGAUUGUGACUGAACAUUACUGAGCCUGAAGAAAAAGCAUUUUUACUCAAGCAGCUUUGACAAUUAAGAAUGUGUACUCUUCAUUUGUUUGCAUAGAUGUGUGUGUGUCUGUGUGUUUCUUUUCCUGUACAUAUUUAUAUCGUGCCUUUUAAAUAUAAUCACCAUUCAGUAAAUGUAUUAUCUUAAAGGGAAUUACUGAAAUAUGACAAACAUAUGCAAUAUGACAAACAUAUGUUUGUAUUGUUUGUUUUUCUGGUGAAGUGUUAACUUUGACUCAUAGGCCUAUGCCGUUUGUCUGUCAUUUUCUUUAAGUUUGGUACUUUUGAUGUGCGCUGACUUCAUUUCUGCAUAAAUAAUUUUCCUCCAUAGCCCAGCCAAUCAGAUGCUGUUAUUCUUUCACUUGAAUGCUCUUCUGGUGCUUUUAUGUCCUACUUUGUUUCCUGCAUUUUUCAGGAAAAAAGCAAAAUGAUCUAGUCCCUGUAUACUGUCUAUUAUAUACACCUAAUUGAAGAUACGUGACUGUAUCAUGAGAUUUUGGGAUUUGUUACUAAUGCAUAGACAAUCAAGGGAUGUAACAGCUAUUUUAGCCAGAGAAUAAGUACUCAAUCUAGCCCUGGAAUUACUCUUCAGAUUUCAGAUUAGCAGGAGAACCUCUGGCAUAUUCAAACUGAAACUGGCUGAAGAAGCAAAUAUCUGUACCUACACUGUUUAUGGUUUUGUGUAAGUGAAGUUCAUUAAAUACUUUGAGGCUGGCCUA